AUGGUUGCCCUUGCGGCAUUCUUUGGAGUUUCUGCCCUUGCAGUAGAUUCUUGCACCAAUUUACCUGCCCUGGCAAACGAAGUCGCCGAAAUAAAUGUGAUAUCAGCAUCGUGGACCUCAAGCAAUGACCUGGUUCUAUCUGAUUCAAGUACAGGAGCGGCACUCCCGAAUCAGUAUGCCUUCUGUCGGGUGAAAGGCAACAUUGAAUAUAGUGGCAACAAGUCCCUUGGCUUUGAAUUAUGGUUACCAGAGCAGGACUCAUACAAUGAGCGAUACCUCGUUGUUGGAAAUGGAGGCCUUGCAGGAACGAUUGAUACAUCUGCCAUGAUGUUAAAUCUCAAUCGGGGCUAUGCAGUGACAGCAGGGCAUUCUGGCCACGACGUUGCUCUGAAUGCAGAUGCUCAACCGGUGGAGCCCAAGGAUUUGCUCUCGCACAAUUGCACCCUGACUUUUUUUGAUGGGAUCUAUACUGGUAGUCCUGGAAAUUGGUACUCGCACCUCAUACUGUCGUUUUUGUGGAACGCCAAGCACACAAAGGGUGAUGGAUACCUUGGUCAGUCAAUUCUUAACUUCACCACAAACGCUGUCCUAGAAGAGUGCGACGGUAUCGAUGGAGUAGUCGACGACUCAUCCAUGGCAUCAAGUACAAAUGUGACAUGUCUGACUCAACCCCAAAUCAACGCCAUCGAAGCUAUCUAUGCAGGGCCCACUGAUAGUCGCAAUGGGGAUAUCAUCUACCCCGGUUGCACACUCGGAAGUGAGAAGGAGUGGCUGAUGCAGGAGACGUCAUUAUAUUUGAACUAUACGACCCCAAUCUUGCAGAACCUCGUCCUCAACAAUUUGUCAUUUGAUAUCAACCAGUUCGACUUUGGAGCAGACGUUGAUGCAGUUGAUGCUAUUGCCAGUCCGCUCAUUGAUGGGAUUAGCACGGACUUGAGUGCUUUCAGAAAGCGAGGCGGCAAGAUGAUUGUCGCGCAAGGCUGGGCCGAUCCUUACGGCGCCCUCUGGUCCAUUAUGCAUCUUGAGCAAUUGCAGAAUGCGACCGCGAAUGAGGACGUGUCUGACUUUUUCAAUCUGUUUAUGAUUCCCGGUGGUGGACACUGUGGUCCGGCGACGAACUUUCCCUCCGCUCCAUCGACAUAUCAUACCGAUGAUGUACUCCGCGCUUGGGUGGAAAACAACACAUUCCCAGACUCGAUCUUAACCUCCCAUCCUCUAGAUGGAUCGAAUCGCACGAGGAGGAUUUGCCCUUGGCCUCAAAGUGCUCGCCUUAAACACCAAAGUUCUGAUUCUGAUUAUGCUGAAAACUUUGUGUGCGCGUAA